AUGGUAAAACUUUGCUUCAUUUUACAAUGUAUUGUUUCAUCUGUGGUGAUCGAGAAUAGUAGAUCUAUCUCGAGUCCUCUAGCACCUUUUACCACAUAUAAACAUUCAAUUGAACUGCAGAAAGAUGUAGCUGAUCUCUGGUGGACAGUUGAUGACAAUGAACGAGAGAUUAUAUUCGAACUUCACAUUAAUACGACAGGCUGGAUUGCAUUAGGUAUUAGUCCAGCGGGUGGCAUGAACGGUGCUGAUAUCGGUGUAGGAUGGGUCGAUCAGAUCGGCAGUGUAUAUUUUCAAGAUCGCUAUGCAUCUGCCAAUGGACGCCCUAUGUUCGAUAAUACUACGAUUGAUUGGUUUGUUGUUCAAGGUCGUGAAGUGAGUGGAUGGACAGCCAUUCAAUUCAAACGUUUAUUAGAUACUUGUGACAACAUGGAUGUUCCCAUUAAGUCUGGCACUAAUAAUCUUAUUUUUGCUUAUGGCCUGGUCGAUCCUAUUCCAUCAGGUCCAAAUGGUGAAAUUUCUUAUCAUGAAAAUCGACGCGGUUCACGUACUCUUCCACUUCGAUCAUAUGCUGAUCCACCAUCAGAAGAUACAUUUUCUGGACUUGACUACUUUGAAUUUCGUUUGAAUAAUUAUGUGAUUCCAUCAACUGAUACAACUUAUCAUUGUAAAAUAUACAAAGCAUCAAGUAAUUAUUCAAUGAAACGACACGCUAUUGGUCAUAAAACAAUUGUUGAUUCGGCCAAUCGUGAUCUUGUUCAUCAUUUACUCAUGUAUGAAUGUGAUCCAACAACUCAAUUUGAUGACAAUAACUUGCCUGAUGGUUUAUGUAAUACAAUUUCUCAACAAAUAACACCAUGCGGAUCUAAUAUUGCAACUGGUUGGGCUGUCGGUGGUGACUAUAUGGUUCCAUUUCCAAAAGAAGCUGGCUAUCCAGUUGGAGGUGAUUUUCCCAUCAAAUAUUAUAUGGUUCAAAUGCACUAUGACAAUCCAAAUCUAUUUUCGAAUCGUACAGACAGUUCAGGUAUUCGCUUUUACAUCGGCAAAGAACUUCGUCAAUAUGAUCUUGGCUAUUUGACGUUGGGUACUGAUUCAAUUGCUGCUGCUCUAGCUAUUCCACCGAAAGUGGAGCGAUUUAUCGUCGAUUCGUACUGCUCAGCAAAUGUUACAAUGAAUUUUCCUGAGGAGGGUAUUACAGUUGUUUCUGCUUUUCCACAUACACAUUUUCAAGGUCGAACAGUAUGGACAAAAUUGAUUCGAAAUAAAACAGCUGUACAAUAUUUAUUCAAUGCAGAAGCAUAUAAUUUCAAUUACCAAUACGACAAUCGUUUACCAAAACCGAUUAAAUUAUAUAGAGGUGAUGAACUCGCUACAAGAUGUAUCUACAAUACUAUGGACAAGAAUACGAUCACUUUGGGUGGUGAAAGAACCAAAGAUGAAAUGUGUCUUCAUAUGAUGACAUACUAUCCUCGAAUGAACAAUAUGUAUGGUUGUACGAUGAGAAAUAAUCCAGAAACAUGGAGCUCAAUGAUGAACAUUUCUUUAUCGUCUUUCAAUUCUUCAAAGUUAAAAGAGUGGCUUCUUAAUCAAACAUGGACACCAGAACGAGCUGUUCAAUGGCAGGAAUUCUACAAUACAGCAUCUCGCGUACUUGUUUAUGGUGCAGCACCGAGUCGUCAGUACAACGUGAUUCCCAGCUUACCCAAAUAUCAAGAUUUCAAACCAGUUCCAUGUACCAAAGAUCAAACCAUCAAUCAAACUACGACGAUACCUGGUCAAACUACUUCUAGCCAAAGUACAACGACAAAUAAAGCUAGAUCUUAUAUUUCAACACUUCGUCGAAACGUACUUGUUUUCCUGAAUAUGAUUUUAAUUGUGAUGACCAUCAUAUUUGACUAA